CUAGGUGAUUGCCGCGACUGCUGUUAUUCCUACGAUCGUUAUUACUUCACACUAUAUCUACGUUCUCAUGAUUUUUUAGUCUCUGCCAGGUGUUUGUGAAACAUCCAGGUGGCUUUAUUCCAAGACAAUAAAAAUCCGGGUUCAAGCCAAUUGUGCAACGCCCGAGUUAAGCCAGUCAGACCCAUCCGCAAUCGCGAUGGACACGAGGCAAACGAGACGAAAGAGACGCAACAGCUCCAUCUCCGGCCCCGAAGCAGCUUCCCCCGCCUCUUGCAGGAAGACUCGUCAAUCCGAGUCCCAUGCUGCCUCGGCGUCGCCCUACGAAACCCCUCGUCGGUCAAGCAAAAGGGUUCGCUUCUCAGAUCCGGGAAAUCAGCGACAGCAUGGCUUAGAUCGCUCGACGGGCCUCACCCCCGCCAUGCGACGCACCUCGUUCCAGGUGCCCACGGAUGUGGAUUCUGUGACUCGUACUCCGAGUCGCAGCCUGCGACAACGGUCAGCUCCUAUUCCGCGGUCUCGACGCAGCCCGCAAUCUACGUUGGAUGCUGGUACACCCUUUUCCGAACGCAUUGUGCAGUUCACUCCCCUGCGACAAAUCCUAGACGCGCGGACUCAACGGAGAAUCCGACGGGUAGGGUUGAGCGACGAAAUCACCCAACUGGAGCGCGAAAAACGAGAGUCUUAUCAGAAUCAUAAGACGCUCCAGUCGUUGCUGCGGGAGCGGGACUCGCUGAGGCAAGAACUGGAGACUGUUAAGCGAAGCCGAAGCCUGUCAGAAAGCCAGUCGAUAAAUGAUGAGACAACGUGGAUGUCACCUCAGUCGCUGCUAGAGCACGUGGAGUCCGAAAAUGGUCGACUCAAGGAGCAACUUUCGAUUCCCUCGCCGGAUACCCACCAUGACAGCUGCACUACAACCAACUCUGAGGAGGAGACAAUGAUCAUUGCAGAUAGCGGAUGGGAAUGCGACACAGUUCUCAUAUCAGACUCUCCGGACAUCCGAGGUCUGAGUCAACGCCAACUCCCUGUCCCUGAAGAACUUUCGCUCCUCGGGCAUGGCUUCAACAAUGCUGAUGCUUCAACUCAAGUGUCUAUAUCUAGUCAUGACAGGGACACAGAUAUUGCGACGCUGUCAGCUGAUCUUGAGGCUGCCAGAAAGGAAAAGAGAGACCUGUUUGACGCGUGCCGCGCUCGCAUUGCUUCGUUUGGCGGGACCGCAAUCGACCCUCAUCUUCGACAAUCCUCUCCGCCUCCAGACUUUCUUGAUCAAAUCCUGCCUACUCUGACUCAAACCCUUAGUCGCGCUUCAGACGCUGCUCAAUCCCUCAACUCUAUUAAAGAGGAGCUCUCCGGCCUAGGCUUUCCAGGCGAUGAUGCCACCGAGAUCGUUUCUACUAUGCGCGAUCGGUUUCGAUCGGCGCGCCUAGAGCUAGAGCGGGCGGUCCCUGGUGAAACCGCGAAUGCGAGUUUGAAUGAUGGCGAUGCAACUCUCGGCGCAUUAGUCAAGCGAGUUGAAAUGCUUGUCAAGAGCCUUGGAGACGAGCAAGCCCGACUGGAAGGCUCUGUAGGCCGCGAAAAUGCCAUUCGUGGUCAAUUUGAUUCCCUGCUGGGUCGAUACGAAACCGCAUCGAAGAAAAUCCACGACCUUGAGGACUCCAUUGCCACAUCGGCUGGAGACAUGCUGCAUACCCGCAUGCGGAUGCAUGAGCUGGAAGAUGAAGGCAAGGAACACGCAGUCAGUAUUGAGAGGCUGAAUACGGCGCUAAACAAAUACCGGGAGGAAGUCAAAGGCUUAGAGGCUCUUGUAAUGCAGUUAGAAGAAGAUAGGACCAAAAGCCACGAAGGGCACAAGCAGAGAGUUGAGGAGUUGCAGCUGGAGGUGGACGAGCAUGAACGAGCCCGUCAUGCUGCUGAAUCAACUGUUGCCGAGCGAGAAACGCGCAUUCGAGAAUUGGAAGCGAUUGUUGAAGAAAAUCGCAUCCGGGUGCGCGACCUGAUAGCCAAUGCUGAAUCGAUCGAGAUGGAGCGCCAGCAAGCGAUUCAGCGCCUGGAGCGAGAAGCGGCGGAGCAACAGCAGCACCACGAACAGGAAGCCGGAUCGAUGAACGUUCUCGUUUCGGAGCUGAACACAUCGCUUGACGAAGCCAGGUCCGACAUUGAGCGACUUCGUCGCAGCAAUACUGACCUGGAGAGCCAGCUGCGCCUGGAGCUGGAAGCCAGAGACAACCUACUUGAUAAAUGGGCCGCGGAUCAAGCGCGAUCAUUUGCUUUCAUGAAGGAGACCGUCAAUAGCGAGCGACGAAAGGCCAAAGUCCGGACUGCCAAUUGGCAGCUCAAGUCGGACGAAUUGCGGUCGGACAGCACCAUUAAUGGCAGCUCGCCGAUCACACCGGUCAACAUGACGCGGUUCGUGGAUGUGGAGGUCGGUCGGGGCAAACAACGCAAGCGACUGGAUAGUGGGAUUGGGAUCCUCACGGAUGAUUUGGAGGAUAUUGACGAUUUGCCUGAGACAAUUUUACCCUCUGACCCGGCAGAUCUAUGAGUCAGGUACGUCAUGGAAGUAUUAUUGGCAUCUUAUUUUGAUCUACUACAUGUAUGAUAGAUAGUUUUUGUUUCACAUUGGUUGACAGUGCUUGCUUGGUAAGAGAAUGCGCUGGCCCGGUUUCUCGUAUAAAUUGAAUUUUGAACAUUGAA